AUGGCUUUUCACUCUCGACUUGCCAACGGAAGCGAGACCACCUCCGAGCCAUCCCGACGCCAGCGCGUCCCGAACGAGAUCCUCUUCCAGAUCAUUGGCGAUGCGCUCACGCUCGAAACCCCAAGGCCUAUCGACGUGAAGCGAUUCGGGGUCCUAAUCUCAACGAAGGGCCGCCUCAACCGCUUCCUCCGUAUCUCUCCAGCACUGCAGUCGGCGGUGCUUGAGGCUUUCUACAAGAACAACUCCUUUUGCAUCACGACCAACAUGCGCUUCACCGAGGGACGCUGGACCUCGCAAUAUGCACUGCCACCGCCUAACGUCUGUCGCCAUCUCCGGCGCCUGAAAUUCCGCUGGACCAUCUCGAGCAUUCAUUAUUUUCCUUGUCAAGCUGUGCCCCCGCGUAAUAUCAAAUCGGCAAACGAGCUUUUAAUAUCUUCCCCGGCGGCCUGGGUUCUGGGACUUUUGACGCAUCCAGACCAUGGCUUUGCGCAGUUGACGCACCUCGAACUAUGCCUCGAAAUAGAUAUCGGAACUCCACCUGGGUAUGAGCUGUCGGAAGAUUUUCUGGAGGCCCUUCGACAAGCGCGAAUAAUAAUCAAAGCCGGCAAAAUUGACUUCAAGGUCAAGGAGGACUAUCGGCUCGCCCUUGAGAGCGUUAUAGAGCUGGUAGAGACUGAUGCGAAGGGAUCGGCCUAG